AAAAGAAAUGAAUAAUAUAUGCAAGAAAUGUGUGUGGUUCGAAAUAAUAUUGGUACGAAGCUGUUUUAGAAAAAAAAUCGGAUUCCUUCGUAUUCGUACGAGUGUUGUUUACUGUGUCACCAAAGAAAUGGCAACUAGCAAAGACGUGGAAGCAGGCUAUACGCUUGGGGCGGAGUCACCACCCCCAGCAUACGAUCAAUAUGUGGGCGAAAAUACAGGGGCUACCACACAUGUGCCACCAAACUACUCGUCUACUACUCCUUCAAACGAUAUGGCACCACCACCAUCCUAUGACUCUCUGUAUGGUAAGAUGAAGGCCGCCAAACAAGAAUCCGAAGGAAAUGUGGAUUUCUGCAAGAAAUUUAUGGUCAUCCUAUGUGGAACAAUUGGAUGUACGAUAAUGUUGGCAGUCAUAAUGGCUAUUCCAGUAGCCAUGAUUGUAAUGGGAGCCAUACAUAAAGAUGACUGUCCUGCGGAACGUAUGAUCCCCAUUUACCUGAUAGUUGGCGGCUCAUUUGGUAUCGUGAAGAAUCUGUCUAGUCUGUUACAGCGAUGUAAGAACAAGGACGAGGAAGAUGGCGACGAGAAGAAUGCUAAAACAAAUCCUUUCGAUGCUACACUUAAUUGUUUCCUUUUUGCUUGGUUCAUUGCAGGCAAUGUUUGGGUAUACAGGACAAAGGACGAGUGGUCAAGUAAUUCCAAUGCAGAUAAUUACUGUGAUCCUACACUGUACUGGUUCGCGUUUUGGCUCAUAACCGCGACCUAUAUUCUGAUGGGCUGCGUUUGUUGCUGCGUCUGCGUUGGCGGAAUGUUUGCCGCCUGUUUUGGAGCUCUCGAAUCUAAAUAAAUCAUGUAGUACCAAAUACAUAAAUAACAGUUAAUCGACAUCAUACGUCAAGUGUGUGUCCUGAAAAAUGAUUUCUUGUUCCUGGCUUUCUGGUCAAUAGUGGAUUUUGUCGGAGAGAAUUUUUUUUUCAUUUUCAAAUUAACAAUUAAGACAAUUAAUAUUUUUUUUUUUUUUAAAUUAAGCAAUAUGGGAUAUGGUUUAACAGACUAAAAAACAGGAACAUGCAUUGUCUUUAGGGUCUGAUAAAUGGGUUAUAGUUGUCAUAAUAUAUUUCUAUAUCUGUUACUUAUUGUCAUAUAAUAUGGUUAUUUGAAUGUUACAUUGGGCGUACUUUUUUAUUUUAUUUUUUUGUGUAUGUGAAUUUUGUUAUAUUGUUGUUGUUUUUUUUCUAUUUUGACAAUGGACUCCAUUUUAAUGAUAUAUUUUCUUUUGUUUUCAUUACAUAUAUUCAGUUUUACAACAUUAAUUAAUUAAGGAGAUUUUAAUUGGUUGAAAUAUUAAUAAUUGUAGACAAUCAAGGGGCUCUAAUAUAGUUAAGCUGCAUUAAAUCAGAAGGGACAAUCUUUAGAUAUUUAAGAGUGCUGAUAUAUAUACAAAUGUAUAUACAUUUUCACCUUUUGAAGUAAAAGUUGGUACUGAUAAUAAAAUUAGGCUAGGACAAAAUUUAUAGCAAUAGAUUUUUUUUUUAAAUCUUAUAUGGAAAUAAAUGUGAAUAAAUAUACAUACCUAUGCAUAACUUUGAUCUUGGGCAAAUGAAUAUGAUGGUGAUUUUAUGAGAGUGAUUGCUAUUUAUAUCCACAAUUUAUGCAUAAUUAAAACAUAGCCUGUUUGUAACAUUGAUUUUUAUUGGAUAAUAGUAAUGUUAGAAUUAUCAAUAGACACUGCUAUUGCAAAUUAAUGAAUUGAUUUUUCCCCUAAACGUAGGCAUUGUGCUAAUUUAUAAAUUUCUUAUUAAGAUUUUUUGGCAGGUUAUAUGGAUUAAAGAUUUUUUUGGCAGGUUAUAUGAAUGAAUAAUAUUUUUGGCAGGUUAUAUGGCUUUGCAUAAACGGUUGUUUGCCAUUUAACCCUUGAAUUAGGUAUUAUAACCACUUACAACUGAUAGAUUGGGUAUACUCGUAUCUUAACAACCCUUUAUAUAUUUGUCUUUAGUUUUGAUUUUUGAAAAUUUGUCUUUAGUUUUGAUUUUUGAAAAUUUGUCUUUAGUUUUGAUUUUUGAAAAUUUGUCUUUUGUUUUGAUUUUUGAAAAUUUGUAUUUUUUUAUAUUUGAAGAUUUGACUUUAGUUUUGACUUUUGAAGAUUUGUCUGUAUUUUUGAUUUUUGAAAAUUUGUCUUUAGUUUUGAUUUUUGAAAAUUUGAUCGCUAAUCUGGAGUUGUGUUGCUUUAAUAAACAAUAAGUGUUGUUUUGUAGAAAAUUUAUUUGAGGAAAACAUUGUCAGCAUAUUGUCAGUUAAAAGUUGAGUACUAAUAUAAAAUGUUGUCUUGUGUAGUAAUCUUUUGAAUUAAUGGCAGAUCAUACAUGUAUGAAGAUGUUUUGUGUAGUUUUGAACUUUUGUUAUUGAUUGUUUAAAUAAUGGAUAAAAUUGUUUAUAUAUAACAUUUAAGAGGUGCCUUUUCAUUAAAUUGCUUAUAUUUCAAGAAAGUUCUAUCCUUCAAUUUUUUGUAUUCAUUGAUUGUUGUUAGUUCUGUAGAACUUGUUAGUCCAAAAAAACAACUAAAAAAAUCCCCCCAAAAAGUGGAAAAUUUAUGAUUUUGUCCUGGUGCCAUUUUUGGCUACUUAAAAAAGUGUAGUUCUUGUAUUUGUUAAUUCAUUUUAAGAUAUUUCAUAGAAAAUACUGAUAGACCUGAUAUUGAGCAUGGUUUUAUUCUCAGAAUUUGAAAAUUGCUAUAAAAAAUAACAUAAACAACUGCAACGAGAAUGAAUUGAUAUCUCAUCACCACCAUAGUGCAAUAAUUGGUUAAGUUCUUUUAAAUUUAAUAGGAGUUAACCAGUUAUUGCACUAAGGUGACAAUCUGUUCUUCAAACUACAUUACCUCUGUGUUUUUUUGUUUGUUUUGUGUUGUUUUUGUUUUUUUUUAAUCAAAACGGUUAAAAUUAAAAUUAAGCAAAAAUUUACAACUUUUGUGACCUUUCUUGUUCUGAUUAAACUUUACCACACUUAAUAUCUAAAAUGGACUUGUCCAUCUUUCAGUCUGGGCAAAACCAUUCAUCAUUUUUAGGGGAAAAUUUUUAAAUGAGUGCUUACUGAGUAGUGAACAGUGCAGACAAUGAACAGACAGCAUGGAUGUGCCAUGUGAUCUUGGUCUGCACUGGUCACAUUGGUAGAAUCUGUUGCAGAUGGCAGGCUGUAGGUUAAUUUAAUAGCAAAAUAAUUAUACCUUAAAAUAAUUUAAUAUCAUAUAACAAUUGCAACAACUGUAUUACAUUCAGAAAAGAAAUUUAAACUGACCUUUAGUGUUUUUAUCCAAAAAUAGAGAUGACUUCUCAAAUUGUUACAAUUUUGAUACAUUCCACAGUUUUCUAAAAUCCAGUAUUUUUUUCUUCUUCUUUUUUUACAUUUUUUAAUUUACUUUUUUUUUAUUGAAGGUUAUUUCAUUAUUAUUUUUGUCUUUGUCUGUUAUUAUUUAUAUUACAUUAACAUCCAGAAAUUAUUUAUAUUUAAAUAAAAUAAGGAUUUAGUAAAGAUUUUUUUGUGUGUGAAAAGAAGAAAUGAAGAUUUUUUUGCCCUCUUUGGCGCCAUACAUAUUUUUGUUAAAUAUUAAACUGAAGAUUGCUCUUUAUAAAGUAUGAUGUGUGUUUUUGGCUCAAUUUCACAAUUAGAUAAACUUAAGAUCAGUCUGUCUUUAUGUAUAUUUAACCCUUGACCUUCUGGAACUGAAAAAAGACCCGCCUACACCAGCAGUAUAGAGCCAGGCCAGCCUGUACAUUCGCGCAAUCUUACCAGGCUUUAUACCUUUGGUAGCUAACUAAAUUUGGAAUAUUUGAUAUUUAAAUCCCUAAAACUUGGAAUGGAAUGUUACAAAAAUUCAUAGCUGGGCUAAUCCAAUAAUUCACCAGGUUUGGGGUUAGAGGGAAAUCACUGUGUGAUAAAACAUCUGUAAAUGGCACCAUGAAUACAACUUUUGAUAAAUUGUGUGUGUAGUUGUUUUGUUUUGUUUUUUGGUUUUUUUUCGUCUUUUAAUUUAUUGUUAAAGCACUUACUUCUUCACAUCCCUUUACUUGACUAAUGGACUUGUCCUACUGUUAUUUUGGAAUGGCCCAUUAUUAAGUUAAGGGGUUUGAAGACCAAGAGGUUAAAGUAAAAAGCCUGGUCAGAAUACUCCGAGUUGAAAGUUUUCCUGACAUUGUUGUACUUUUGAUUUAUGAAAGUCUGUGAUGGAUUCCUGUCAUAAUACAAACAAAUUUUCUUUUUUUUUCAAUUUUAGACGUAAUGUUCCUUUUUCAAAUAAGUUCUAUAAAACACUCCAAACUGAUUUCAUUCAUUUUCUAGACUAGCAUAUUUGAUAUACAUAUGAUAUUGAUAAUCAAUUUCUUUUUUUAAAAGUAAAACAAAUUUUAGUAAUACCUUAUGUAUAGGUCAAACUUAAAUAUUAUUGUUGGGGAAAUAUGUUCAUGUUACUAAAUUUAGCUUUCACUAUAAUCUGCGUACCAAUUUAUUAGACAGAUUUUUCAUUUGUUAAAUUUGAAUAUUUAUAUUUUUUACAUAUGUUACUGUUUCUAUUGGGUUUUUUUUCUUCUUUUUCUUUCUAACAAGCAAUAUAUUAUAUAUCUAUCCAUGCAGGAUGUUAUUAUAUAUACUGUAUAUUUGAUUAUUUGGUGUGGCUUUAAUAAUGGCAAGUAUUUUGCAAACUGUUAAUUUUUCAAAGUUGUUAAAAUUUUCUUAUGUAAAUAUCAGUAUCUGCCUGUUUGUUUUUGUUGAACAGUAUAUGCAGCUGGCAAGUAAUAUAUAUAUACAUACACACAUCUAUAUAAAGUAUACUUUAUGUAUUUGACUGUACAUAUUUUUUUUGUUAAUGUACACCAUUCUUUUUGCAUGGUCAAAGGGCUUGCUUGCUUCAGACUUGUAUAUCAAAACUAUUAUCAGGAGUGUAAACUAUUUUUUGAAAUGUAGAAAAAUUUUCCCAUGGCUCCACUUUUUACUGUUUUAAUGCCUUUAAUUUGAUCUCUUCCUCUGAACAAAUUUCAUAAUGGAAAUCAAAAUGAGUAGAAAACAGCAGUGAAUUUAAUUGGAAUUUUUGGCACUCAACACUUAAUUUGAAGGAUUUGAAGUUGAAGAGGAUUUAACAGAGCAAAAGUAUCUUAAUUGAGCUAAAGUGUUGUAAAUGACCCAAAGAAAUGUAACGAAAUAAGAUAUAGUUUAUAAUGAAAUUGCAAACCCUUAAAUUUUACAUGUCUAAUUGAUUUUUGAGUCUUGAGAUUUGUCAUGUACCAUGACCCUCUAGAUCAGAACUAAUUCUCCAGCCAUAAUACUGUUAGGCUUUUAAAACAUAAAUUUGUUGUUGUAGGAAUUAAAUUAGGUAUGCAUGAAAAUAUAGGUAAAGGGUAUAAAGCUAUAUAUAAUAAUUGUUUUAAUAAUAUAAUGUAUAGGUGGUAAAAUAUCUGUUGCUUACAAUACCUUAUGGUCAAAUAUCAAAAGAUUUGUAGCAUAGAAUGUCCAUAUUACUUAACAUGCAUGAAUAUUAUAUUUACACAGAAAAAAAACAUGAAAUACUAUGCUGCUAUUUUAUGUUGAGUUUUGAUGAUGAAGCAAUGAUUUUGUGCAUGGGACAUUCACACAUAGGGAAAUGUAUAAACAUAUUACUUUGGUACAGGCAUUUUGGAGGUUUUUGUAUUAUCUUUUUUUUUUAAUUCAAACAAUAGUUUUGUAAACUACAAGUCAAAGAUAUAGCUUUAUACACUUCAAAAUAAUUUGAUUUUAUUCAAGAAUGUUAGCAUAUUGUAUAAUAAACACAGAAAAUUGCUCUGUAGUCUGGAAUAUAACAUGCAAACACUUCUUUUUCUAUAUUGUUGUAAUCAUCUUUUGUUAUUUUUCUCCGAGUAACUUCUUAUUUUUUUGUCAGUAUGGAUUUCCAGUAUGAUAUUGUUUAGUGAUUCAUAGGCUUUUUUCCGCCCCUUAUGGCACUUUUCAAGAUUUUUUAUUAUUCACUCAAUACAAAAUACAGGUAUAUCUAACAUUAUACUUAUCUUUUACAUACUAUAAUUUCUUUUCAUGUAAAGUGAGAUAAUAAGUGUUAAAAUGGCAAUUUGAUUAAAGGGAUAGGAUAAAUAUUGAUUACACAAAACAAAAAAUAGUGCCAUUGAUCAAAUACCAAGUGCAUAAGUUUUUUGCAAUCUUUUCGGUCCUUUCUAUCAAACUUCGGAUAAGGGCUCAAACAACCUUUUUUUCUGAUUCUUUCUUUCUUUCUUUUUUCUUUCUUUCUUUCCUUCUUUUGACACAUGUAGUUUUGACUUAUAUAGGCUAGUGGUAGUGAAAUUUACCUUGUUAAUUUGAUCAUGAAGAUUUAAUUCUAUGUCUUAACUUUCUGUUGUUUAUAAAUCAUUCUAAAUCCAUAUCUUUAUUAACUGAUCUAUUUAUGAAUUAAACACUUUUUGUAUGAA